AUGGAGAAUUCGUACGACUCAGCAGCCAAGUGGUCUGAUUCCAACAGUCCAUAUAAUAUGGUCUCAUGGUCAUUACAAUCUGAUUCCUCUGAUUCUGAUUUGAGCCGGUUUAAUCUCGGCUUCUCUUCUUCCUCCUCCGGCAAUUUCCCGGCCGAUGAAUUUGUCGGUGGGAUCGAAAAAGCUGAGUCUCUUUCCAGAAGCCACCGUCUUGCGGAGAAGAGACGCCGUGAUCGGAUUAAUUCUCACCUCUCCGCUCUCCGGAAACUUGUCCCCAAUUCCGACAAGUUGGACAAAGCAGCGCUCUUAGCAACAGUGAUAGAACAAGUGAAGGAACUCAAACACAAAGCAACAGAAUCUCCAAUCUUCCAAGAACUUCCGACAGAAGCAGACGAAGUAACUGUGCAGCCCGAAACCAUCUCCAGUGACGACUUCGAAUCAGAUUCUACUACAAACAGAAUCAUCUUCAAAGCUUCUUUCUGCUGCGAAGAUCAACCCGAAGCAAUCUCAGAGAUCAUUAGGGUUCUCACGAAGUUUCAGCUCGAAACAAUCCAAGCUGAGAUUAUCUGUGUUGGAGGAAGAAUGAGAAUCAACUUCAUCUUAAAAGAUUGCUGCGGCAAAGAGACAACAAGUACGGCUGCAUCAGCAAAAGCUUUGAAGCAAUCUCUGUGCGCUGCGUUAAACCGAAUCACGUCUUCUUCUUCGUCUGUUACUUCGGUUUGCAGGAUCAGAAGCAAGAGACAGAGAUGGUUCCUCUCUUCUCACUACUCGCAAUGA